AUGACGGCGGUGUUGUUCAAGACCAUCACCAACCUGCAGUUCAACCUGGAUAUUGAGCCCGAGAUUACGAUCGGCGCCGUCAAGGAACGGAUCCAAGAGGCGAGGGGUGUCGACGACUACCCGGCCGAGCGCCUAAAGCUCAUCUACAAUGGAAAGAUCCUGACCGAUGAGAUGACGUUUAACGAAGUUGGCUACGACGCCAAGAAGUUCAUCGUGGUGAUGCCGAUGAAGAAGCCAGCUCCAGCCCCAACACCGGCUCCUUCUACACCGGCGGUUGAAGCUCCUUCUACAAGCCAAACCCCGACACUAUCUUCUGAAGCGGGCAACAACGAUGCUUCGUCGCUUGUGACGCCGGCCCCGGCUUCCGGUUCCCUCGUCACCCCUGCUGCUCCGAAGAAGAAGAAGGAGCUCACCCCCGAGCAGGAGCAACAAGUCGAUGCUCUGCUGGCCAUGGGCUACCCACGGCGUCAGAUCGUUCGUGCUCUCCGCUCGGCCUACUGGGACUCGAACCGUGCCGUCGAGUACCUCAUCAACGGCCUCCCAGAUGAUCUGAUCUCGCAGGCUGCACUUGUCGACCGCCAGCUGACGGAGCAAGAAGCAGCCAACGCCGAGCCCGGCGAACCGAUCGGCGAUGCUGCCACCGCGGAGCCGAACCGCUUCGCGGGCCUCGCCGCGAUGCCCGAGUUCCAAGCGCUGCGCCAGAUGGUGCAGCAGAACCCGGAGAUGCUCCCGCAGGUCCUGCAAGUGUUGACCGAGGUGCAGCCCGGGUUGGCCCAACUCAUUCAGGAGAAUCCCGACGCUCUGUUACGACUUUUAAACGGCGAGGACCCGACGGCUGCCGCUCCCGCUUUGCCGCCAGGUGCCCCGCGAAACUCGGUAGUGGUGUCGAUGACGCACGACGAAGUGGCCGCCGUGCAGCGUCUGAAGAACAUGGGCUUCCAAGAGCAGCUAUGCAUCGAAGCGUUCAUCGCCUGCGACAAGAACGAAGAGCACGCCGUCAACUACAUCCUCAGUCGCAUGGACGAGGACUAUGGACAU